AUGACUUCAUCUUUCAAAAGACAGCGUACGGAAGAAAGCAGCUCUACUACUCAGUCUGCCUCUGCGCCAAAAGACUCUGCAGCACUCGUUGUGGAUCCAGCUACGAAACAAGAAAACAAAAUCGCUCCGGAUAAAGACGAGAAAGAAAAAAAGGGAAUUAUUGAACCAUAUCAAGAAUGCUUUCCACGCAUCAGUGUUUUGGAAUUCUUUUAUACCGAUAAACAAAAAAAGAAACGAGAUUUAUUUUUGCGAGCAUUGAGUGAAAUGAUGAGUAAUUUGAAAAAUGAUGAUCCAUGGUCAUACUUUGCAAUUGCUGGUAUUCAUGGAUUACCCGGAAAUGCAUAUGCCACAGCUGCGGCUCCACUUGGUCGAGGAUACUGUGAACAUGGUACUGUACUGUUUCCAACUUGGCAUCGUCCGUACGUAUUAUUAUUCGAGCAAGCAGUCAUACGUGCGGCUAAGAAGAUUGCAGGCAACAUCGAUAAUAAAUAUACUAACCUUAGAGAGGAAUGUAUGGACAUGGCCAAAUCAUUACGUGUACCAUACUUAGAUUGGGAAAGUUCAUUCAUCGGUUAUCAAGGAAUACCGGAUGUCUUUACUACACUUACGAUUGAUGUCACAUAUCCAGAUCCAGAUGAAAAAAAACAGACUAUUCCAAAUCCAUUACGUGCAUAUAUAUUACCUAUCGAUCUAUCCACACCAGUACAUUCAAGUGAUUCGUUUAAUCCGACUGCCAAACCACAUUAUCAUAUCCUUGAAGGAAAACCACCAUUUACGCCGGCGAAUUAUUCCACUGUUCGUCAUCCAAAUGCCGCAUAUCAAAGUCAAACGAAUGUAUUGAAUUUACAAAUUCAACGUUAUUGUAAUUUGGUGUUUCGUCCACAAGUGUAUGCAGCUAUGCUACAAACAGAUUGGGCUAAAUUUAGCAAUCAUAAUUCGAUGCCUGGUGCUAAGUCUACAACUGGUGCUGAAGAUGAUUAUGGCUACUACGCAUCACUAGAGGUAGUCCAUGAUUCAGUUCAUGAUGCUGUUGGUGGGAAUGGUGGUCACAUGACUUAUCCAGAAAGUAAGUGA